CUGCGAUGUGAGGCAAUGCACAUUCGGUCGAGCAGAGAAACGAGAGGAAUACGGCAAGGGAGAAAGAGGGAGUCAAAGGGAGAGAAUACGGUCAAACACACAAUAGCAUCAUGGCACCCAUAGGACUCAAGGCGGUGGUCGGUGAAAAGAUUAUGAAUGAUGUCAUCAAGAAGGUGAAGAAGAAGGGAGAAUGGAAGGCGCUGAUUGUGGACCAGCUGAGCAUGAGGAUGCUGUCCUCCUGCUGCAAGAUGACAGACAUCAUGUCAGAGGGCAUCACCAUUGUGGAGGAUAUAAACAAGCGACGAGAGCCUCUUCCCACCCUGGAGGCCAUUUACCUGAUUACCCCCACUGACAAGUCUGUGCAGACCCUAAUUGGAGACUUCAAAGACCCCCAUUCAGCCAAAUACAAAGCAGCCCACGUCUUCUUCACUGACUCCUGCCCAGACCCACUUUUCAACGAGGUAGUGAAGAGCCGUGCCUCCAAAUCCAUCAAGACCCUGACGGAGAUCAACAUCGCCUUCCUGCCCUACGAAUCGCAGGUAUACUCUCUGGACAACCCGGAUGCCUUUCAAAGUUUCUACAGCCCCCAUAAGACCCAGCUGAAGAACCCAGUGAUGGAGAGGCUGGCAGACCAACUUGCCACCCUGUGUGCCACCCUGAAGGAGUACCCUGCUGUCAGAUACCGAGGGGAGUACAAAGACAAUGCCACCCUGGCCCAGCUGUUGCAGGACAAACUAGACGCCUACAAGGCAGAUGACCCCACCAUGGGGGAGGGUCCCGAUAAGGCUCGUUCUCAGCUGAUCAUCCUGGACAGGGCUUUUGACCCCGUCUCCCCCGUACUGCAUGAGCUCACCUUCCAGGCCAUGGGCUACGACCUGCUGCCCAUUGAAAACGACGUCUACAGAUAUGAUUCCCCUGGGAUGGGAGACACUUCUCAGAAGGAGGUCCUGCUACACGAGGACGAUGACCUGUGGGUGGGGCUCAGACACAAACAUAUCGCUGAGGUGUCCACGGAGGUGACACGCCAACUGAAGGACUUCUCUGCUAGCAAGAGGAUGAACACUGCUGGAGAGAAGACCACCAUGAGGGACCUCUCUCAGAUGCUGAAGAAGAUGCCCCAGUACCAGAAGGAGCUGAGCAAGUACUCCACUCACCUGCAGCUGGCUGAGGACUGCAUGAAGCACUACCAGGGCACAGUGGACAAGUUGUGUCGGGUGGAGCAGGACUUGGCCAUGGGUACAGAUGCUGAAGGGGAGAAGAUCAAGGACCCCAUGAGGGCCAUCGUGCCCAUCCUGCUGGACGCCAACGUUACAACCCACGACAAGAUCCGCAUCAUCCUUCUCUACAUCUUCCUCAAGAAUGGCAUCACAGAGGAGAACCUGAACAAGCUCAUCCAGCAUGCCCAGAUCCCUCCUGAGGACAGUGAGAUCAUCACCAACAUGGCCCACCUGGGCGUGCCCAUCAUCACAGACUCCACCCUCCGCAGGGGGAAGAAGCUGGACAGGAAGGAACGUGUGAGUGAGCAGACCUAUCAGCUGUCACGCUGGACACCACUGGUCAAGGACAUCAUGGAGGAUGUGAUUGAAGAUAAGCUGGACACCAAGCACUACCCUUACAUAUCUACCCGCUCCUCUGCCUCCUUCAGCAGCACUGCAGUCAGUGCCCGGUAUGGCCAAUGGCACAAGAAUAAGACCCCAGGCGAGUACCGCACCGGGCCGCGCGUCAUGGUCUUCAUCAUCGGAGGCGCGUCCUUCAGCGAGAUGCGCUCUGCCUACGAGGUCACGCAGGCCAACGGGAAGUGGGAGGCCAUCAUUGGAUCGACCCACGUCUUCACCCCCACCGCCCUCCUGGAACAGCUCAAGACCAUGAACAAACCAGACGAGGAACCGGCAAGCUAAAAUCUCCCAGCCCCAUCCAUCUCCUUCCAGUCUUCUCACCUUAACCUCCCCCCCCAGUCACCUUCCCCAGAUCCUACGUUCAUUCUGUAUGCAUCUUGCUCGAGAAAAAAAAGAUAACUACAAACAAAAACAAUGACAGCGUUAAUUAACAAGAUAAAUAUUUAAACAGAUCUAAAUCAUGUUGCAAGUAUUCUCAUAUUUUAAAAUGGAUGCAAAUAACAAAGUAUUAAAAUUUUUUAAAUAAAAGUUUAAAUAUCAACUAAGGCCAUUUGAAACUGAAAGUACCAAAUGUAAUAUGGAAUGCUAUGAAACCUGCUAGAAAGUGUAAAAGGUUUUCUCUGUUUGUUCCCCUCAGUUUAUCUUCUUGGUGUGAUUUGUAUUGGUAGUGGGUGGAGGAGGGAUACCUAGGAAAGUCAAUGCAGUAAAAUCACAUCACUCAACAUGCAACAUAACUCAUCCCUGUCCUAUCAGGGGGGGGGAAUCCUAGCUGGUCGAGAUGUUUGUAUCAGUAGCAUGCCUGAACAUUGUCCGUACUGUUAAUCCAUAUCCUUCAGUGUGGCAAUACCGUAAACAAAAGCAACUCGAGAAAUCAUUCAAUCACAGUUCUGUCUUGUGAGUAAGACAGUGACAAACAGCUAGACUGACCCUAGGUCUGAGGAUAGAGAAAAACGGGACUCUAAAUAGCUACAGAAUGCUAGAAGCAUCCCUCCUCCAGCCCUAAAACUAUUUACUCACCACAUCAUUUUCCUUUCUCUCUGGAGAGAUUUCACCUUUUAGUGUCAAAAAGGCCAUUGCUUGCAGAUGUUUACAGAAUAAUCCAGGGCCGCUUGUAUUUCAGUAUUGUAUCCUGUCACAUUAUACACUUUUGAGUGUAUAAAACAUUAGGGACGCCUUGCUAAUUUUCAGUUGCACCCCUUUUGCCCUCAGAACAGCCUCAAUUUGUUGGCGCAUGGACUACAAGGUGUCAACAGUGUUUCCACAGGGAUGCUGGUCCUUGUUGACUCCAAUGCUUCCCACAGUUGUGCCAAGUUGGCUGGAUGCUCUCGGACCAUUGUUGAUACACACAGGAAACAGUUGAGCUGAAAAAAAAAAAUACCUGCAGCGUUGCAGUUCUUGACACUCAGGUGUACCUGGCACCUACUACCAUACCCGGUUCAAAAGCACUUAAAUCUUCUGUCUCGCUCAUUCACCCUCUGAUUGGCACACAUACACAAUCCCAUGUCUCAAGCAUUAAAAGUCCUUCUUUAACCCGUCUCCUCCCCUUUAUCUAGACUGAUCUGAAGUGGAUUUAACAGGUGACAUCAAUAAGGGAUCAUAGCUUUCACCUGGAUUCACCAGUCAUGGAAAAGUGCAGGUGUUCCUAAUGUUUUGUACACUCAGUGUAAGUCAUCAUUGGUUCGUAGCAAAAUGUUUAACCGGGCCAUGCACUGAGUAGUGUGUUGUGUAUAUGCCAUUCGUUGAUGUCUUUAGUGUCUUACUGUUGACUGUUGAUGUUUCUGACAGUAAAAUAUUUCCUUUAAAACAAUAUGAAUGUGAAGCCACAUGUGUCUGUGAUGUUUUAUCUGUAGCUGUAGUGGUGAACUGGGAAAAUAACUAAUAUCUAUAUUUUGUUUUGUCUGUCCGUUAGCUUUUCUCUGCUGGUGCAAUGUUAACUCUUCCAACGGCGAAUGGCUUUGCAAAGAAAAUGUAACACCAUUUCAGCGUUUUAUAUCUAUUUUUUAUUUCUCUUUCCUGGCCAAACAGGUUGUAUAUUGCACCAUGGGUUUACCGUGAUGAAAACGCUUAAUUGAAUUUGAAUUGUUUCCUAUUAACAGUUGCUGAUGUAGAGGGUCUCUGUCUAUUCAAUUCAUGUAUAUCAAAGUUAUUUAUCAAGAGAGAAAAAAAAUCUUUAAAAAAAUGUAAGUCUGUCCUAAACCUGUCUAACUCAUUGGGAUUCUAUGUUUGCGAGUGUUGAAGCACAAACAAAACUAUACUUCAUGUGUACCAAUGUACCAAGGCUGUCUAAUAAAUUGGCUUCCAUUACAAGGAGAAA